GGUGUGAACAGUAAUGUCAACUUCAUAUAAAAUAAUUUAUUUUGCCUGCUAGCUACAUUCUCGGUGUUCGGCGUAUGGAUAUUUUCCUGACGGACCACUUGUUCGUCAUAUUACAAUAAUUGAAGUUGCAUAGAAAACUGGCUGUUGUGUUUGUAUGAAAAAACUGACCCUGGCUUGAGCCAACAACAGUUCAAAGAUGACGUGUAUCGACAGUUUUCCUUUCAAUAUCAUGUACUAUUUUUUGCAAAUAUAUCAGCUGUUCAGCACGUUCCCUCGUGGACAGGGCACAAGACGACCGGUGUGUACCAAAGUGGUGAAUGCUGACGAAGAGGUUCUUGACAUACGAGAUUGUUUAACUUCAUAAUUCUAUUUUGUAAAGAAUGACAGAGUGUGACACUUCUCGCUGAAGCUACAGAACAAGUUGGUGAGCCUUGUGCCGUGUUUUUAUGUAAUGACAACUGUUCACUUUACAGUACAGGAAACACCCAUAAACAGCUGGCACAUGCAGUCCAUAAUUGUCUCGCACACAAGUUCCUGUUGACGUUCUUUGGAUCACAAAGAAGCAGUGGUAAUUUUCUGUCUUCUAAAUAAGUAAUAUGCAUAAUAGUUUUCUCUUUCGUUGGCCGAUUCAAAACGUAAUUCAUCUGUAAGUAUGGGAAAAUGUACUCGUAAAGCAAACGAAGUAAAGAUACACGGAGUUUUGUUUAACUUUGCUGUCAUAGAAGCAGAGAGGGUACCGGAAGCUUUAUUUACAGUGUUUAGCAGAACUUUACCUUAACAAAUUAUUCAAAAAAUUGGAUGACAUGCCUCCAUUCAUUCAAGUUCAGACACUUUAUGACUUAUGCUUGAAAAGGGUAUUUCAUAUCCUCUGUCAGAGUGUAGAAAGAUCUGACUGUGUAGAGAUGUUGAGAGCUGUCAUUCAGUCAUCCCUACAUGCAGGAAUAAGAGAACAUCUUGUUCAACUUGCAACUUUACAUUUGGGUAGUGAUGUGUACUCCUUGCUUGACCUCCUAUCGAUACUCAUGGACAAGGAAAUAAAGAAGUUGGAUCAUUCAAUGGUGGAGACCUUGCGCAUGGACCAGUGUGCAGGCUUGUAUUCCAGCUUAGAACACUGCAGUGCUACAGGCCUUCAUGAAUUAACUGUUAAGGUGGCGCUGGACCCGAGGAAGGUGAACCAUUUAGAGGCGGUGUCUGCUGCCAACGUCACGUUCCAUAGGGUGCUCCUAAAUGGACUUGCCUCUUCCUUGCAGAAAUUGGUUCUCCGCUCAGUGUGUGACAACGAAAUAUUGCGAUUGCUUGGUCAGCAUAGCAACCAUCUUAAGUAUUUGGAUGUGAGGUCAUCGUGGUUGGUUGACGAUGGAGGUCUCAAACAACUUUGUUUUAAGGAUUCUAUUUGGGCUGAAUAUUUUGAUGUGUAUUCAGAUGGAAGUAUUGAUAUGUCUGCGCUAAAUAAUUGUUGCCACACUCUUCAAGAAGUGCGAAUCCAAGACACAAAUACGUCUGAAAUAGGAGUUGCACUACUUUUAUUACUGAUACCCAAGCUGAAAUCGUUAGGUGGCUUCAUAUAUUACAGAAAUGUUGGUGAUGCAAUUCUGAACAUGCGGGCCGCACAUCCAAGACUGCAAUUGAAUUUGACCCAACUAUGGGACACCAGUUUGCCACCGGAGAAGGCAGAGCAGAUGGCCCCCUGCACUCCUCACUUGAGUUCUCUUUAUACUCGAGGAUCAUGGCUGGGUAGCCUUGUUCACUUCCCAGAAAUUUCAUCCAUCACUAUUGACUUCGAUUUUGCAGAUUUCAAUCCACUGUUGGAGCAUUAUCUAACUCUACGAGGGCCACUAUUGAGAGAGCUAGUUAUUGUUGACCAGAACCACGCUGUUGACUUAACUAUGCUUAUUGAACUCUGCCCCUCACUUGAACAGCUGGGAGCAAAAUUGUGCCAAAGCUACUCGGAUAUCAAUGUGCAAAGCUUUCUUCCACAUCUUACUGUGGCUCGAAUUCGUGUGGGAGCUACACUGCCAUUGAUUACACUGCUUGGCCAGGUUCACAGUUUGCAGCACUUGGAGGUAAUGUUGGAAGAGGAGUGCUUUGGAGAUGGAGUGGAAAUGUUUGAUGAUCUGGCUAUUUCUGAAGCUUUGGUCAUUCCUGGACCUCGGGCACUCUCCAUAUUUCUUAUGCUUAGCGAGUGCAAUUUCACAGCAGAUGCUGCUCAUGCAUUGAUGCUUGCAUGUCCUGCACUUCAGCGGUUAGGAGAUUUGCAGUUCUGGAAUGGAGUAAAUGAACAUGAUGUUGAAGAACUAGCAUUAGAGGUUCGACAUUGUAAUUAUAGCUUCAGUUUUCGCUACCAUGGUAAAUGGUACCCACCAGAACAUCAUUUUUCCUUGACUCAGGCCUUACAGUGAGUUCAGUUUGCCACUGAAAGUAGAAUUUCUCAUUUUGAAUCCAAGACUUGAAGUCUUCAGAGUUUGUUGUAUCAUCUAGUGAGCUAAGGGCAUUUGUAAUUUAUAUCUCCUUUUUCAUUAUAAUUACUUUAUUGUCAUGUAAUUGUGUAAUUGUAAUGUACCAUGAUUGUACAAGUUUUAAGUACAAUUUUGCUUUUAUGAAAUUUGUUGACAUAUAUAUCUUUGCAGUGCCAUCAUGUAGAGAACGAAUUACUUUUAUUUCACACUGCAAAUACUCUCAUAAGUGGAAAUUUUAAAAUAUUCAUACAAUUAAAUAUAUUUACUGCUAGUACCAUUAAAAAUGUAAAAGUACCUUUCAUACUACACGACUGAUAAAAUAUCGCAAAAAUAAUUUAAGUGUUGAAAAGGUUGUACUUUUUCAUGUACAUUGUCUUUCUAUUUUUUUUAUUAUCUACAUUAAAAAUUUUAUUUUAUUAAUUGUUUGCCAAAAUGCAAAGCGUGCUGUUGCAAUAUUACCAUGACUUGGCUGCAUGAUGUUGGGGCUGCCAAUUCAACAGAUAACAGAUGGUAAUACAGAUUUUUUAACCAUAUAGUAAUUGGCAAUUGUAUUUAAUAUAGAGAGACUAGUGGUUUCUAAAAACCAAAUGACUGCAAACUAUUUUUCACAAAUCAGUGCCUGAAAGAGCAAGUAACAAAUGGAGUAUUAUUUUGUAAUUUGUUAUGCUGUUUUUUUAUAUUAUUUGUAACAGAAUAUAUUCUGUUGUGAUUCAUACAAGAUUUAAAAGACUGAAAAUGUGUAGAUCAAUAUUCAGAUAAUAAACAUUGUAUUAUACGAUAUUGUAAUAAAGCUUUAAAAUUAUUGUAAGAA